AUGUUGGUGCUUAACUGUUCCACAAAACUGCAGAUUCUAGAACAAAUGUUAAAGAAGUGUUUUCCUGAAUCCCUCAAGGUUUAUGGAGCAGUGUUGAAUAUAAACAGGGGAAAUCCAUUCAAAAAGGAAGUGAUUGUGGAUUCAUGGCCAGAAUUUAAAGCUGUGAUUACUCGCCGACAAAAAGAGUCCAAAAGUGAUGCCCUAGACUACUUUACAAAUGCCUGUGCUGUUUUCUACAAAAAUCUGCAAGCUUACCAGGCACUGUUGGAGAACCCAGAAGCUAUAAACUGGGAGCAAGCCUUCCAGAUACAAGGUUUACAGGAUGGCUUAUACAAAACUUCCAGGACUAUUGCUGAUGCGAAGCAUGUCAAUGUGAAGUUGUCUUCUUUCAAAAUGGUAAUCUACCCUGACCCAGAUGCACUUCCAGAUGUUCAACUUCCGUUAGUUCCUGCACCCAAACUGACAUCCCUUGAUGCAUCUCAUGCAAGUCUGCUGAAUAACACCUGGUCCCGAGGAGGAAGUGACCAAUGCCUGAAAUACCUCAUCAACCUCAUUUGCUGUUUCCCCAGCAUGUGCAUUUUGGAUGAACAUGGAUGCCCCAUCUCCUGGGGUCUGACAGACCAAUUUGCUACUAUGAUCCAUGGUUAUACAUUGCCCAAGCAUCGUAGGAAAGGGUACAACCGUCUCAUUGCAACAAAUCUAGCUAAGAUGUUACACAGCAAGGGCUUUCCUGCUCAAGGAAAUGUUCUGGAGGAUAACUUACCACCAUUAACUCUGCUAAAAAGCAUGAAUGCCAGAUUCUUACCUUGUCAGUUUGUCAGACUUAUCCACACCCCUUUCUGCCUUUUAGAUAAACCUGAGUGA